AGACGUGUUGAGCUGUCCUUAUGCUCCUUGUGGGCUCUGCUCUUUGUCGUGCGCUCCCCUUAUUACAAAGAGAGAGAGAGAGAGAGAGAGAGGAGAGAGAGAAAGAGAACGACGAGAGAGAGAGAGAGAGGGAGAGGUCUUUAAGCUGUAAUUUAUGGGGAGAUGAGACCACGAUAGGACACUAUAUGUGUGCUGGAUCUGGACUCUUCUUCCUCUUCCUCUCGCCCACCGUUUGUGCUUUCUCUCUAUUUCUCUCUUACACGUUCACCACACUCUAAAUGUGACCUUGGGAGAACACGCAUUGCUCUUAGAAAAUCGGCGACGAAUCGCUAAAUCACCACGAGCCCAUUGCCGGAUUUGUGGGGUUGUAGUGUAAAGGUGGGAUCUUUAAUGGCGCCGCUCUUCGAUUGGUGGGGGGCGAGGGAGGCGCACCGCGGCACCCCGGUGGUCGUGAAGAUGGAGAACCCCAACUGGUCCAUCUCCGAGAUUUCCUACGACGACGACGACGAAUACGCCGUAGUCGGCGCCGAGCACGGCUCCGGCGAAGACCUCGCCGCGGGGGCGGGGGCGGGGGCGGGGGCGCCGCGCCCGCGCAAGGGCGGGCGCGGGAAGAACGCGAAGCAGAUCACGUGGGUGCUGCUCCUGAAGGCGCACCGCGCCGCGGGGUGCCUCACGAGCCUGGCGUCCGCCGCGCUCGGCCUCGCGGCGGCGGUGCGGCGCCGCGUCGCGGCGGGGCGCACGGACUCCGACGCCGGCGCGUCGCUCCCCGAGGAGAGCCCCGCGGUGCGCGCCCGGUUCUACGGCUUCAUCAAGGCGUUCCUCGUCGUCUCCGUCCUCCUCCUGGGGUUCGAGGUCGCGGCCUACUUCAAAGGGUGGCACCUCGGCGCCCCCGAUCUCCACCAUUUGUCGCUCCCGAGCUUCGGGGUGCGGGGGCUCUUCGACUCGGCGUACUCCGGGUGGGUUCGCCUCCGCGCCGAGUACAUCGCCCCGCCGCUCCAGUUCCUCGCCGACGCGUGCGUCGUCCUCUUCCUCGUGCAGAGCGCGGAUCGCCUCAUCCUCUGCCUCGGUUGCUUCUGGAUCCGGUUCAAGCGGAUCAAGCCCGUGCCCAAAUCCCCUCCCUCCCACGACGACCCCGAACUCGGCUCCGACCACUUCCCCAUGGUCCUCGUCCAAAUCCCCAUGUGCAAUGAGAGAGAGGUGUACCAGCAAUCGAUCGCGGCGGUGUGCAAUUUAGAUUGGCCGAGGUCGAACUUCCUGGUGCAGGUUUUGGACGACUCCGACGACCCGACGACGCAGACCCUGAUCAGGGAGGAAGUGGAGAAGUGGGCGCAGACCGGUGCCCGGAUUGUGUACCGCCACCGCGUGAUCCGGGAGGGCUACAAGGCCGGUAACCUCAAAUCCGCCAUGAACUGCAGCUACGUCAAGGACUACGAGUUCGUCGCCAUCUUCGACGCCGAUUUCCAACCCGCCUCCGACUUCCUUAAGCGCACCGUCCCCCAUUUCAAGGACAAUGAGGAGCUGGGGCUAGUGCAGGCGAGAUGGUCCUUUGUGAACAAAGAUGAGAAUUUGCUGACCCGGCUGCAGAACAUUAACUUGUGCUUCCACUUUGAGGUGGAGCAGCAAGUAAAUGGGGUGUUCAUAAACUUUUUCGGAUUUAAUGGGACGGCGGGAGUGUGGAGGAUUAAGGCAUUAGAGGAUUCCGGCGGGUGGUUGGAGCGGACGACGGUGGAGGACAUGGACAUUGCGGUCCGUGCGCAUCUCAAAGGGUGGAAGUUCAUCUUUCUCAAUGACGUCGAGUGUCAAUGUGAACUGCCGGAGUCGUAUGAGGCGUAUAGGAAGCAGCAGCAUCGGUGGCAUUCGGGUCCGAUGCAGUUGUUUAGGCUCUGCUUGCCGGAUAUUAUAAGAUCAAAGAUUGGGUUCUGGAAAAAGGCCAAUUUGAUCUUCCUUUUCUUCCUGCUUCGCAAGCUCAUCCUUCCCUUCUACUCGUUCACCCUCUUCUGCAUCAUUCUCCCCAUGACCAUGUUCGUGCCCGAAGCCGAACUCCCCGCGUGGGUCGUGUGCUACAUUCCCGCCACCAUGUCCUUCCUUAACAUCCUCCCCGCCCCUCGCUCCUUCCCUUUCAUAGUCCCCUACCUCCUCUUCGAGAACACCAUGUCGGUCACCAAGUUCAACGCCAUGGUCUCCGGCCUAUUCCAGCUCGGCAGCGCCUACGAGUGGGUCGUCACGAAGAAAUCGGGCCGUUCGUCCGAGGGCGACCUCUACUCCUUAAUCGAGAAAGACCAGCCCAACAAGCAACAUCAGAGAUCAGGGUCCGCCCCCAACCUCGAUGCUCUGGCGAAGGAGAAAGAGCAGGCCAAGAAGAAAGAAAAGGAGGGCAAAAAGAAACAUAAUAGGAUGUACAGGAAGGAGCUCACACUCGCGUUCCUCCUCUUAACCGCCGCCGCAAGAAGCUUGCUUUCGGCCCAGGGUAUCCAUUUCUACUUCCUUCUGUUUCAAGGGAUCUCAUUCUUGUUGGUGGGCCUCGACUUAAUCGGCGAGCAGGUUCAGUGAAAUUGGUUUUAAUGGAACAUAUGUAUACAUACCGACCCGAUCGAUCGUUGAAAGGGGCCGCGCGAUAUAUAUCGAAGGAUCUAUUUAGUAAGGAAAGCACAGAAAAUUCCCACCACUAAUUGUGGAGGUGUAGAUAGCUUUGCUCUUAGCCUGUAGAAUGCCUUUUAUUCUUUCAGGCAUCUGAUUCUUUUGUAAGAAAAUUUUGAUGUUUUCAGUUGGGUUUUUAUUAUUACAGUUCAACACAGAUCACAUUCUCCCUUUCUGUUUAGGGACCACUCCUCCCUGUGUCUUGAAAUAACCUUGGGCGAAAAAAAUAUGAUGAAAUUGUACUGUGAAUUAGUAAAAAUCUAAAGGGUUUCAUGAACCAAGUGGAGCAUAUCCUUAUGAUGUUCUCAAAAA